UCAAUCAAUCAAUCAAUCAAUCAAUCAAUCAAUCAAUCAAUCAAUCAAUCAAUCAAUCAAUCAAUGAAGUGAGCGAGCGAGUCCUGAACUGCCCCUUUCGGCUACUGGUGCGCCUAAACGUUGUAAUUGCAACACCCUAUAAGCGACACUUUUCGGGAGCGCUGGCCGCGGUUGUGUUUGCGGAUGGCACCCUGGACGUCGCAGUGCCUGUAGCUACAAAAACAGCGAACUGGAUUACUGUCAGCAAAGACGGUUCUAAUGUGGCCACGCGCCAUUGCGCACUGUACUAUACCAGGUCGUCACUAUAUACGCUCCCGCUUGUUGUUCCGCUACUCGCCGAUGACGGGACGGGCUCAAGUGAGAAAGCGACUAAGCUGCAAUCCAGUUGAAUUUUCCUGCAGGAAGCCGUGACGACGAAAGGCGGCGAGCAGUCCGGUGGCCGCGCUGUGGACUCGCCAGGGAGCGCGAGUUCAUCCCCGCCGUCGCGCAAGGGCAGCCCGCCUCAAAGAAACUUGGCGUCGCCAGCCACAAAGGAGGCCACCGAUGCCGGGACGCCAGCUCUAUCGGCGCCGUCGCCACGCCCGACGCGCGAGCCCAGCAUGCUGAUCAACGUCCGUAACGUGUGGGCCGACGAGGCGGCCGCUGCGGCGGGGAGAUUGUCGCUGGGCGAAGAAGCCGCCUCCCCCAGGUCGUCCACCUCCCACCAGGAGGCGCCCUCCAGCGAAUUCUGGAGGCCGCCGCACAUGUUCAGCCAGACGGCGGCGUCUCCCAAGACCACGACGGACAGCCGCUUCCACUGCAACCGGCGUGACGCGUUUCUCGUGAGCUUCGGCUUCUGCCUGGGCGUCUCCGGCUUCUGGCGCUUUCCCGCACUGAUGGCCGAGCACGGAGCAUCCUUCCUGUUGGCGUGUAUGGUGAUCUACGUGCUGAUGGCCCAGCCCGUGUUCUACCUGGAGCUGGCGAUGGGCCAGUUCGUCGGCUCCGGCGUCACCAGGCUCAACAAAUGCUUCCCCCUGCUCAAUGCAGGCAUCGGCUACGUGACCGUGUGGUACUGCUUCCUGCUCGCCUCCUGCCACUCCUUGCGAGUCACCUACGCGGUGUUCUUCCUUCUCUACGGAAGCGCGCAAAGCGUCCCGUGGGCCCACUGCAGGGACAGCUGGAGCACGGACUGCAUCACGCCGGACACCGAAUUCCUUCGUUGCAAGUACGUACAGCUGCUCGUCCAGCCUGCCGUCAACGAGAGUGAGGCGCUGGCGCAGCCGAGCGACACCUACUGCAUCAACGCAUCGCGGACACCGCCGGAGGCCUACUUCACGGACUACGUGCUCCAGCGCAGCAGCGGCAUCCACGAGAUCGGCGCCAUGCGGUUGGAACUGCUCGUCUUCAUGACGGUCGUGUGGGUCAUCGUGUUCGGCGUGUCCAGCCAGAAGCCGGACGUCGUUCACGCUGUCUACCAAGCGCUGUUCUGGGUGGCGAUGCUGUGCUUCGUUCCGUUCAUGGUCGACAGCACUUACCAACACUUCACCAUUAGAGGACUCCUCGAGAUCCUGACGCCGGAUAUGAGUGUGCUGGCCAGCAGCAAGGUGUGGCUCGACGCAGCCGAGCAUUCGCUGUUUUCUCUGGGCACGUCCAGUGGUCUCGUGUUCUUUCUGGGCUCGCGGUGCAAGUACGGAAGCUGUUUCGAAAGGUGCGCCGCCUGGACCAUAGUAGCGGAGAUGACCGCCUGCGACCUGAUCGCCCUCACCACCUGCUUCUGGAUCUACAAGCCCGGAAACACGGAGGACGAGAUCACGCCCGCCGUGCCGUUUACUUUUCGCCAACUGGUGACGACAGCGCAGCUCGUGGUGUCCUGCGUGUCCCCAACCAUAUGCAACGCGCUCGUCUUCACUUCCUUCGUUGCGACGGGCCUGACCGCGAACGUCUUGCUCGUUAAGACGUGUGUGGCCGAGAUCACCGCGGUCCUCAACUACGCAACCAGCGGAGCCUACACCUGGACGCUCGUUGUGGUGUGCGGGCUCGCCUACGCCUGCAGCAUCCCGUUCUGCACGAAGGGAGGACUUUACAUUCAGAACCUUUUUGAGCAAGGACUCGCUCGCAAUCUCUUCUUCAUCGUCUCCCUAUUGCAAGUCAUCAGCCUCGUAUGGUUUUACGGCGUGCGCAGGCUAUGCUUCGAUUUGGAGUACAUGCUCAAGGACCCAGUCGGCAUCUACUGGGUUUACUGCUGGGCUUUCUCCGCUCCCGCCAUCCUGGUGGUGUGUGCCGCUGUGUACGUGAGCGAAGGAGCCGGAUCAGCGUCGCUGACCAUCGGCGACUACGAGUACCCCCCGUGGGUGGCCGUGUUCAUGUGGGUGUCCAGCGGGGUCAGCCUGCUGCCCGUUCCGGUGAUGGCCCUGAGGCACUGGCUGCGGGUCGACAUGGACUUCAGCAAGGCCCUUGCCACCGAUCCCAUGUGGGGACCACAGGACCCCGAUCUCACUUUCGACUACAACGACCGCAUUCGUACCUGCGUCACCAUCACGCCUGUCAAGGGCAAGAAUGACGCCAAGCACAAGGGAGGUUUCAACCGCACGCCUGUGCUAUUCACGGCGUCAUCAUCAUUCACGGCGCUCAAUAACCGACUGUCGCUAGAAUAAAAUAGAAGUGAAAGAGUACGCAUUUGGGCUGGUUGGUUCAUGAUUACGAGCAGUGAAACAUUUUUUUUCUCCCCUGCGCAUGCUGAAUUCUGUUCAUUCUCUGCUUCGAGAUAGCGGCGGAGUAUAUAUAUAUGCUGACUGAAAGAAUAAAGUCACUUGGUUGUUAGUCAGCGCUGGUGUCUCUGUCCCUGUCCUCGUUCUGUCGUUUAGCGCUGUUUUACUGCUAGAAAUAAAAGUUUGUUUCUCAUGUUUCGUGCCACAUUAGGAGGGAGAGAAAAGAGCCCUGUAAAGCGGCUUGACAGGGUACGAGAGGUAAAGGAAGAAAAAAUAAAAAUAAACACGAGGAUCACGCAAAGUGCCCGUGAGCGAAUGUACGCGGUACACCGGUUCGCGGAAAAAGGAACCUGAUUGUCUUCGUAAAUAAGACGCACAAACCGAAACUCACGAGUGAAAUACAAAUUUCACUACACCAAGUUUGGACGGCAGUCCUAAAAUUCAAGUUGCAUCCAUAGCCGGAGCAGAUAAUGGGCUUUAUCGAAGAAUCCCUGGUCCGUGUAACUUUUGUUCAAGAGAGUACGUAGAUUUAUGCUUUCCCGUUUACACCAAAACAUGACCAAUGGCUCAGUUCAGCCGGAAAAAUAAAAAG